AUGAUUUCCUGGGCUCUCAGGUCCCAUACUAUACCAGGACCGACAGACAGAUCGCAUAUCAUUAGCAGCGCGAGACACCGGCGUUCUUUGAUCUUCAUGUUAUACCAACCGAGUGAGUGCGACAGGCCCUUAUACGAGAAACGGGAGGUGGCCAUAAAAAUAAUCGACACAAAUGAAAAUCGCCAAAGUUACGUGUUGAAGAAUUUGACUCGAGAGGCGAAACUGCUUUCCAUGCUGCAACAUCCUUGCAUUGUUCGUCUUUAUGAAACCAUCCAGUGUGGAUCCGUGUACUAUCUCGUGACCGAACUUGCUACUGGUGGUGACCUCUGUACCCAUAUCAAAAAACAGCCCUCGGGUCGUUUGAAUGAAAAUACUGCGAAGUUUUAUGCGAGGCAACUGGUUGCAGCCUUGGAACACAUGCACUGUAGGGGGAUCGUCCAUCGAGAUCUGAAAAUGGAUAACAUCAUGCUACAAGAUUCCAGAAAAGAACGCAUUAAAAUCGUCGAUUUUGGAUUGAGUAAUAUAUGCAAAUAUAAUGAGUUGUUAAAUACUCACUGUGGAUCGCCAGAAUACGCUGCACCGGAACUUUUUAUCGACGGGAAAAAAUAUGGACCAGAAGUCGAUCUGUGGAGUCUGGGAGUGGUUUUCUACGUAAUGACCUCUGGUCGACUACCUUUUGUGAGUCCUCAGGAUGGUCACACACCCUCGGAUGAACGUCGUCGAAAAUUCAUUACUCAAAUUAAUCGUGGGCUGACUUCUCUCCAGGAGAAAAAUAUUUCAGCGAUGUCCAAUGAAUAUAAGGACGUCGUGAGUCGUUUGUUGAUGCCGAUCGCUCACAAGCGAAUCACCAUUCAGGAACUAAAUUUCCAUCCUUGGAUUCUCGAUCGAAAAAAUUCGUGGACCAAAAUCAACUCAGAAUCGAAUUUCGAUCCCGUCGAACACACUGAGGCAUUGGAUCAAGUUGCGCAUGCUGCCCACUUAAACAGAUCAUCUGUACAAGAAAAAGUGUCUCAAAAAAAAUUCGGAGACAUUGGAGGAAUGUACAACAUAACAGUUCACGGAAUGCUUAGGAAGAGUUCGGUCUCGAAUCUAUCUGAAAAAUCUUCAUCUAGUUUUCAGUUAAGACCUUCAGUAAGGAAUUCCCUGAUUGACCAAACUUACAAAAUGAUGCCAAGCAGGCCUUUGGACUUUAACGAGUCAAUGAAACAUCUCUUUCCGGUUCGAGAAACGCCUUCACCAAUUCCGUUUGUGAGAACAAGGACGGAAAAUUUCGGCAGUUCUGUAAAUCCACCGAAGCCCAUUUCCGGAAUUAUCAGGAGAGAAAGGCAUGUUGGGGAACAUCAAAAGGAAUAUUCAAGAUCGUUAAAAAAAUCUACAAUUUCGGCUCCUCAAGGAAACAGAAUCGUCAGAAAUCAAAUGCCCCUUUCCACGAUUUCGCGGCCAGAAACGGCGCCCCGAGCAGAUCUCAUUACUCAGAGACGUUCACAGAGAUUGGCUUCCAACAGACAAGAACUUCCAACUUCAAAAAUGUUUUUGAAGAGUGGAGUGAAACUUCUCGCAAGCAAUGAUUUCGUUCAAGAAUCCGCGACAGUCGGCAAUAAAACGUUUGUAUUUUAUAAACCGGCUCAACAUCCACAAACCCCCCAGGCCGUUACAAAAACGGCUAUCACGAUAAAAGCCACGAAGAAAGAACAUUUUCGAGGAUAAUGAAGAAAAGACUUUUGUCAUUAAAAAUGGAGACGCCUUAAAGAUUGAAUUUUUCUGAAGAUUUCAAGAUAUUCAAAAGGAGUUCUUAAAUUGGAGAAGUCCUUCAUCGAAAAAAAUCGAAUUUUUAUUAUUGGAAAUAAAAAUUUAUUGCAAAUUUUGAAGUUUUU